GAGGAAGGAGGGGUUUAAUCCUGCCUGGAUUAUGGUAUAAACUGGUCCCGGAGAGCAGGAAGAGAUACAGUAGAGAGAAAGAGGAAGUCCCGCUAUCCCUCCAUUACUCAAUCCAUCUAACUCGAAGCGUAAUCGUGUCCCAGUGCUGGAUGACUUUGGUUUGGAUCCACCGGGAUGUGAGGUCAGGAAUAAUUCAGGAAAAGGACGGAAGAAAAACCUGUUUUUUGGGAAUAUGUGUGCGUGUCCUGCUUGGGAAUACCAAUCUGUCCGAUAAAAAGGACUGAAGACAAAAGUUUACCGGGACGACCCAAGUCUUUCAUCUCUCUCCCUUUUUAACCGGCAGCCUGUAGAGAGAGGGUGCAUGGAGAAGAGAACCGGAUAAUGAGAGCAAUAGAAAUAGGAUUAAGAGGUGUAGAGAGGGAGGUGUAGGAACAUGGCAAAGCUCCGUUGUGACUCCUGGUGUGCAGAAGUGACCUUUGACACUGGAGACAAGAGCUUUCUAGUCUCUAUUGUGUGCCAGUGUAACCAGCUGAGCUGACAUCAAAUCUUCAAUCACACACUUCUUUUUUGUUAUCAGUCAUAUUUGAACUUUCUUUCCAGACCCACAUGUCUCAAAGGGAAUGGUUUCAAAGCUUUGACCACAUGACAUAGUGAGUAAUCUUUUGUAUCAUUCUAUAAUGUCUUGGGGAAGUAUUUUAAUCUUCCUGCAACCCACUUUGAGGCUCCUGCUUGUGUUUCUUUUUAAAUUCGCACCCUGCGUUUUUGCAAAGCACAUGAGAUUGUUUUAAUAUUUUGGCUCACAGGGAAAGCAGCUAUCAAGUCUUUCCACUCAAAGACUGUGGCUUCUCAGCAUCAUUCUUGUGACUGCUUUUAGGAUGACAUGCUUUCUCUGUUGUUGGAUGUCGCAUGUGAGCUUUCUGGAUCCUAUGCUUUUCCUGAGCAGGCCUCGGACUGUCACAGAUUCUCCACAUGUCACUAUUUGAGACUGCUCUGUUACAAAGUGUGCCUCUCUUCAAGUUUCUGGAGAGUACCAAGAUUUGAACUGUGCAUGAAUGUCUUUGAGAAAACUGGAUUGUAUUGGAUCUUUUUUGGAUUUCUGUAACAAUUACCAGCGUGCAACAAUUGCUGGACUGAUGCAGGUCGCGGCAGCUGCAGGGAUGAACCGCUGGAGCUGGGGAAACUGCGGGAAUGCCAGUAAAUCGGACAAAAGUGGGCUGCACAGAGGGAGGCUGAUGAUGCUGCUGUGGAUUAUCCUCUCCAGCUCGCUGUGCCUGAUGGUCGACGGCCAAAUGAAGCUUUCACCAGAAACGGUGCAGCAGUGGGCUGUAUCCUUUGGCAAAGAGAUAGCUGCCCUGUCCACCAGAUACUCUGGAGCUAAACUGCUGCAGAAGAAAUACAAGGAGGUCGAGGGUAUGGUGAAGAUAGAGGAGGUGGACGGAGAGGAGCUAGUAAAAAAGUUUGCUGAGGAGAUGGAGGAGAUGCUUGGGAGGAAGAUGAAAUCUGUGAAGAGGUUAGCGGAAGCAGCAGAGGAUGCUGACCUUUACCAUGAGUACAAUGAAACACUGGAGUUUGAAUACUUUAACUCCAUGCUGAUCAACUCGGUGGAUGAAGAUGGGAAUUCAGUGUCGCUGGGAGGAGAAUUCCCUCUGGAGAAAAAUGAACACUUCGAUAAACUGCCAGUCAACACACAACUGAGUAACAUUCAAGUCCCUACUAAUGUUUACAACAGAGAUCCAGCAAUUCUGAACGGAGCCUAUAUGUCUGAGGCUCUGAAUGACGUGUUCAUUGAUAACUUCAAGAAAGAUCCAACUCUCACCUGGCAGUACUUUGGCAGCGCUACAGGCUUUUUCAGACUGUACCCAGGGAUCCAGUGGAUUCCAGAUGAAAAUGGUGUGGUCACCUUUGAUUGCAGAAACAGAAACUGGUAUAUCCAGGCAGCCACUUCGCCUAAAGAUGUGAUAAUCGUGGUGGAUGUCAGUGGCAGUAUGAAGGGACUCAGAUUGACCAUAGCCAAACACACCAUCAAUACAAUCCUGGAUACACUGGGAGAAAAUGACUUUGUUAACAUAAUAGCUUACAGUGACUAUGUUCGCUACGUGGAGCCCUGCUUCAAGGGCACGCUGGUACAAGCUGAUCUGGAUAACAGAGAGCAUUUCAAGCUAUUGAUUGAAGAGCUUCAUGUUAAAGGCGAGGGCAAAGUCAAAAAGGCAAUGAAGGAGUCUUUCAAGAUCCUCAACGAGGCUGCAGCGCAGGGCCAGGGCAGCCUAUGUAACCAAGCCAUCAUGCUGAUAACAGACGGAGCAAUGGAGGACUUCCAGGAUGUUUUUGAAGAGUUCAACUGGCCAGAACGACGGGUUCGAGUGUUCACCUAUCUGAUUGGACGUGAGGUGACAUUUGCUGAAAAUGUUAAAUGGAUUGCCUGCAACAACAAGGGGUACUACACACACGUCUCCACACUGGCUGACGUCCAGGAAAACGUUAUGGAAUACCUCCACGUUCUGAGCCGGCCGAUGGUCAUUAACCACGAUCACGACAUCAUCUGGACUGAGGCCUAUAUGGAUACUGUGUUACCAAGCACAGCAAAGCUGUUCAACAGUCAGGCCCAAAGCCUGCUCCUGAUGACCUCGGUAGCCAUGCCUGUGUUCAGCAAGAAAAAAGAGACUUUGUCUCAUGGGAUUCUGUUGGGAGUGGUAGGAACUGAUGUGGCCUUGAAAGAACUGAUGAGAUUAGUUUCAAGAUACAAGCUGGGUGUCCAUGGUUACGGCUACCUUUUGACCAACAACGGCUACAUCCUGUCCCACCCUGACCUACGACCUCUGUAUAAAGAGGGGAAGAAGCUAAAGCCAAAACCCAACUAUAACAGUGUUGAUCUGGCAGAGGUGGAAUGGGAAGACACUGAGGAGAAACUGAGGACAGCCAUGGUUAAAGGAGAAACUGGAACGAUGUCUUUAGACGUGAGAACUUCAGUGGAUAAAGGAACGAGAGUAAUGUUCCUGAAGAAUGAUUACUUCUACACUGUCAUCAAUGAGACACCAUUUAGUCUGGGUAUAGUGUUGACUAGAGGAUAUGGACAGUAUAUCUUCACUGGAAACGUCUCUGUUGAAGAGGGUCUCCAUGACUUAAUGGCUCCAGACCUGACCAUAGCCAAUGAAUGGACCUACUGUGAGACAGACAUUGACCCGGCCCACCGUAAGCUGAGCCAGCUGCAGGCUGUGGUGCGAUACCUCACUGGCAAAGAACCAGAUCUGGAGUGUGAUGGGCAUUUGUUGCAACAAACUCUUUUCGAUGCUGUGGUCACAGCUCCUAUGGAAGCCUACUGGACCGCUCUCAUGCUCAACACAUCUGGUAUGGAAGAGGGGGUAGAAACAGCAUUCUUAGGGACCCGUUCAGGCCUGUUGAGAUUCCAGAGAUACACUGGUAUGGAGAAAAGAACUGCCAAGUCUUUCCUGACCUCCACAGACAAGGAGAAUAUGUUUACAUUGGACCAUUUCCCAGUGUGGUAUCGCAGAGCAUCCGACUACCCAGCUGGACAGUUUCUGUACUACAUGCCCAGACAGGAAACUAGAGCAGGGAGGAUCGUGAUUGCUACUACUGCUGUCACUGUUACGGUGGGCAAGAAAACUGCCAUCGCUGGAGCCAUCGGUGUCCAGAUGACUCUGGAUGUGAUGGAGUCCAAAUUCUGGGCCAUUGCAGCACAGCCAAAUGACACAGAUUGCUCUGAUACUGAUGGAGUUUGUCCUCUUCGGUGUGACAGCUUUGAUAUCGCAUGCUACGUGAUUGACAAUAAUGGCUUUGUCAUAAUAUCUAAACAGCGCAAUGAUGCGGGAAGAUUUUUUGGCGAGGUCGACGGAUCUGUGAUGACAACACUAAUCAGAAUGGGCAUGUUUAAAAGGGUGUCCUUGUUCGACUACCAGGCCAUGUGUAAGAUGAACUCGCACUCUGUCAGCAGCGCCCGUCCACUUCUUAGUCCGUUCUAUGGUUUGGCUUCAGCCCUCAAGUGGUUCCUCUCCAACUUCCUACUGUUUCUCCUGGAGUUUAAUAUCUGUGGCUUCUGGCACACGGAGCAUUUCGCUGACGCCAAGCCACAUUUCAGCUUGUCCUCAGCUCAUAAGAAAAGAGGGGACAUCCUGCAGCCGUGUGACACCGAGUACCCCAGCUUCGUCUACGAGCCAUCAGUCAAAGAGACCAACAGCAUUAUUAAGUGUGGACGCUGCCAGAAGAUGUUUGUGGUGCAACAGAUACCCGAGAGCAACCUGUUGAUGUUGGUGGUGCAGGCAGACUGUGACUGCUCCAGACAGUACCCACCCCUCACCAUGGAGCCCAAAGAAGUGAAAUAUAAUGCCUCAGUGAAGUGUGACAGGAUGAGGUACCAGAAGAUUCGCCGACGCCCCGAGUCCUGCCACGCCUACCACGCCCAGGAGAAUGCCAAUGACUGUGGAGGAGCUUCUAUUAUAUCUCUCUCUGCCUCUCUCUUCCUCACCUGCCUCUCCUUCUUGGCACUUGUCUCCUGAUGAUGGACAACUUUGCUGUUUCACCCAUCCUCAUAUAAAGGAGGAGAUUGGAAUGAAUCAAGAGAUGUGUUUGGACACUGGACACCUCAAGUGGAUUUUUAAAAAACUAAUUCUGCACAUUUUGUUAAUGACAACCACAAACCUAGUCUCUAGUGACGGACCAUUGAUGUGGUUUUUGAGCAUUUGUUACUCCUGCAAAUUAUUACACCUGAACUGAAAACUGCAAAGAAGGAAAGUGAAUAGGCUGUUGUUGCCAUGGAUACUUUUCCCAUUAGUUGCUUUCUCAUACAUCAUUUUGCAUCUCAAAAUGAAAAGGGACUAAAGAGAUGCAGGUGGUAGCUAUGACGUGCAUUGAUAUGGGGGGGUGUUCAUGUCCCACUGAACUAAAUAUUGCAGACACACAUGCAUAUUGUAUAUGCAGCUGCAAGCAUGCACACCACGAAUACUUUAUCAUUCUGAAUGCUUCAUCUGCCAACUAUCAUACGUGCUUUUUUAAACGUUGAAUGAGAUAAGGGCGAGAAGGGCUACAGCAAUAUAUGGUAAACCUUGUUAUGUAACAUUAGUGUUGCUGCUGAAAGUCGUGUUGUACAAGGGUGUUUGCAAUAUGAGUUUCUCUGAAUCUCCUGCAAAUCUCAAAGGGUGAUGGCAAAGUGCCAAGAAAGUACUCACAGUGGGAGCUGAUACAAAUGUAAUAAAGAUAAUCAAAGAUCAGAAUGAGAGUUUUUACUUGGAUUACAUCACAAAAAUAUUUAUUUCUGUGACAUAUCUUUUUAAAAAUGUCUGCUUCUCUCUGUGUCUUUCUGUGUGUUUGUACAUACUGUAUGUAAUUAUGUUUGGCUGGACAUCACUGUGGAACUUGGAACUCUCACAGGAUGUAGAUGUACAAUCAAAAUGGAUAACACAAUGAUUGAUUCAAACUGUGUUUAGAUAAGUUGUUAUCAUUGUAUUGGAAAAUACAAUUGCAUGGUUUCAAAGCAAAUCUAGUAAAAAAAAAAAAAAGAAUACCCCGCAAAAGAUGCAGUUGUACCAAAACAAAUGUUUCUGGUAUUCAUUUUUAUGGCAGUGACUAUGCAUUUGUUGGACUGUGGUUUUUGGAUACUUCACUUGGGCCUCAAGGUCAUGUAACUGCUACUUAUUACUUGGCCCUUGGCAUGAAUAACAACAUAAUUUUAUAAAUUCAUGAUAAAAAGCAAAGAUAAAAUGGGAACAAGAUUGUCAAAUGGAAGAAAACUAUUUGGAAAUGUCAUAUAUUUAAUUGCAAUACAAAUUAACAGUGUAAAUCUAAUUGCAUAUGGUAUUUUUGUAUUUCCUUAUGUUUCAUAUCAUAUCUGCGAUCUUGAAUUUCAGCAUUUCAAUGUGUUUUGGGCUGUGAGUGUCCCUGUAGCUUUUUUUAUGGUAUUUCUGAAUCAUCUCACAAAGCAUGUUUUUCAGUUGAGCUUACUCUGAUGACAAAAAUGCCUGAGAAUUUACCUGUUUGUGUAAUCGACUCAGUUACAUAUUGUGUGUGAGUGUGCAUCAUCACAGUAUGUUGUGUCUUGUUGAGAUUAUGUGAGUAAUUAAUUUGUCUCAUUUUUGUUUGUAAUUUCCACUAUACAAUAUUCUGUAUGUUGUAUGGUUGACAUGUGUCCCAAGUGUAUGUUGACUGACUGAUGUCAUGAUUUGAACAAAGUAAAUUAAAUUAUCCAUA